AUGUCGCCAUCAGAAGCGGAUGCAGAGCUGGGCUAUCCCGAUCGCACGUUUAGCACCGAGCUGCUUCCGUGCGAGGUCCACUCUACUGUCACCUUCCGCGAAGCCGGUCCUUCGCGCUACGGUGGCAAUGCCGAACCAUUCACCAAAGCUGCACCUGUAAUUUCUUCGGCAGUCACCCGCAACAGUCUCGACGUUGCUGCCGCGCAUCUUCAAGCGGGGCAGCUCGUCUCGUUCCCCUCCGAGACAGUCUACGGCCUUGGUGCCAACGCUCUCUCGCAGUCGGCAGCCUCCAAGAUCUACGCUGCCAAAAAGCGGCCAGCCGAUAACCCGCUCAUCGUACACGUCUCGGACCUCGAAAUGCUCGGUACGUUACUGCCGAAGACGUACGAGAUGAGUCAGGCGUAUCAGGAACUCAUCAAGACCUUCUGGCCAGGAGCCCUCACCUUGCUGUUCCCUGUGGACAAGGACGAGCCGGCGGUGCCGAGGGUGGUGACGUGUGGACAUCCGAGUGUCGCCAUCAGAAUGCCAUCGCAUCCGAUAGCUAGGGCGUUGAUCGCAACUUCGCGGCUUCCGAUGGCCGGGCCGAGCGCAAAUGCCUCAGGCAGACCAUCACCGACUACAGCGGCUCACGUGAUGCGCGAUCUCGGCGGUCAGCUGGAUGCUGAAGCCAGCAGUUCACAGUCGAGCAACGAGCCCAAGGGGCGGUUGAAGUACAUCCUGGACGGAGGCGCGUGUCAAGUUGGAGUUGAGAGCACCGUUGUCGAUGGAAUCACUGCGGAAGACGAGCUACGUGUGCUGAGACCAGGUGGAGUCACGGUCGAGCAGAUCGCAUCGGUGCUUGACAAGGCAGGGCUGUCGGACAAGGUCAAACUGCGAGUGUACGGAAAGGACAUGGAACGAAGUGCGGAGCAGGAGAGCAAUCCGACAACGCCCGGUAUGAAGUACAGACACUACAGCCCCACGGCACGCGUUGUCAUGCUGCUAUCCGCCAAGCUCUUUGCUGCUGCUCUGCGGUCGUCCAACGGCAGCGCAACGCAUUCAGAUCAGCCGUCGUCGUCGUCGUCGUCGGCAAAGGUGGUAGAAUCGCUCGUCAAAAACGGUUCAACCGUAUCCACACAACCGCAGACCUUUGCAAAGGUUGUCCGAGACCAAAUCGCCAACCAUCUGCCCCACGAUUGUCAGCAGGCUGACUCGAUGCUGCACAUCGGUCUCAUGAUCUCUUCCGACUCGGACUUGUCCCGUCUCAUCACCAGCUCAUCCACUUCGACCGCCGCUACAGCAGAUAAGGCUUCCCCCCAUCCGCACCUUCUGCCACCUUUCACAGUUACCGGACUGGAUAAUGUUCAAGUGCAUCCUUUUGAUCUGGGUCCUAGCGACCAAGCCGAGGUGUACGCACAGCGCAUGUUCGACGGCCUUCGAACGCUCGACGAAGGACCAUUGCGGUGUGGGGUGGACAAGUGCCAGUUGAUCUUUGUCGAGGCACUCGACGAUGCAGGUGUUGGACUGGCGGUGAUGAAUCGUUUGAAGAAAGCGGCUAGUGCGACGGUUGUUUUGGAUUGCUAG